CGUGACACUUCGCCUAAUAAACAAAUCAAAUGAAAUCAGGAGGAGGAGGAGGAGGAGAUGGAAAAGAAAGGAGGGGGGGGGGGAGGAGAAGAAAGGAGGAAGAGGAGGAGGAGGAGGAGGAGAGAAGAGGAGGAGAAAGGAGUAGGAGUAGGAGAAGAAAGGAGGAGGAGGAGGAAAGAAGAAAACGAAAGGAGGAGGAGAGAAUAAAACGAAAGGAGGAGGAGGAGGACAGAAGAAAACGAAAGGAGGAGGAGGAGGAGAGAAGAAAACGAAAGGAGGAGGAGGAGGAGGAGAAAAGAAGGAAAGGAGGAGGGGGAGAAGGAGGAGGAGGAGAAGGAGGAGGAGGAGAAGGAGGAGGAGGAGAGGAGAAAAAGAAUACGCAACGAGGAGGAGGAGGAGAGGAGGAAGAAGAAAAGGAAGGAAGGAGGUGGAGGAGGCUUUACCACGAUGACAACAACUUCACGGGCAGCAACGACAGGGAGGGCUUCUCGACGGGGCAGGGAGACAACGUUGGGCAACUCGAUGAAGACGAGCAACUCGACGAGGAGGAGCAAGGACGACGGGCGGGCUUCGCGACGAUAACAAUGACGAGCGGCUUCAUGACGACGACGACGAUAGGCUUUGCAACAGGGAAUACCACAUUUGAAUUCGAACGCGGCUUCCGUGAUCAGGCAGUAUGGUUAGUGAUCCUGCAGAGUAAUGCAGAUUAGAGAAACAUACAUUUUUUCAAUGAGUAUGGCCACUUACAUGCAAUGCACGUGCGUAGAGGCCAACAUUGUUAUGGUUGAGUUCAAUGAUGACUAUCGGUGUCACAAUUAAAGGUGACUACCGCUGGUUUGUUUAAGGCAACGUUUUGACCUACAUGGUACAAAAUUUGUAAGGUGUUUUGGUCGUUGCGGUUUUUGCUAAAACUGUAGGGACCUCUUCCAAUCUCAACAAAUCGUACGUAAACGG